AUGGAUGUUCUUGCUGUGAAGCGGCGUCUGGAGGCGAUCGAGCCCACGGUUCACAAGAUCUGCGAGGUCGCCGGAGCUCCAGGUAUUUCGAUUACGGUUUCGUCACACGGCGAACAUAUCUACAGCCUGAACGCUGGCUUCAGCAAUCUCGAAACCCGACAACCUGUCACCAGCGCAACCCGAUUUCCGGUCGGAACCAUGGCCAAGACUUUCACGGCUUCAGCUGCAGGUGCUCUAGUCGCUGAAGGACUUUUGAAAUGGAAUACGCCCAUCCGAGAAAUUAUCCCGGAGCUCCAUACCACGAGCCCAACCGUGACGGAGAAUUUGACCAUGGUCGACCUCCUGAGCCAUAGGGCUGGGCUAGGGCGAUCGAACUUCUGGUGGCAAGGCGCGAGCGCUACGCCAUUGCUCGAGAAAAGGGACCUUCUCCCCUUUUACAACAAGAUGCCCAUUAGUGGGCAAUUUCGAGAAGACUGGGGCUACAGCAAUUGGGGAUAUGCGCUUGCUGGCGAAGUUAUCGAACGACUCACCGGCAAGUCUUAUAGCCAAGUGCUUCGAGAAAAAGUGCUUGCGCCUGCGGGUCUCAAUGACACGACCUUCGAAUCAUUCGAUCCGUCCGGCGCGGCAAAUCUGGCCCUUCCUUACGCAGCUCUGGAUGACGGGUCACUUCAUAGGUUGGCACAUCCGACCUACAACGACAAAACCAUCAUGGCUCCAGCCUUAGGUGGAGUGAGCACAGUAGAAGACCUUGCAAACUACUGUGUCUGCCUCCUCCAAGCAUUCAAAUAUGAGUCCAAUGCCAACAAGAAUAGUGCACCACCCUCCAUUAAACAUGCUUUGAUGCAACUUUCGGGUCAUAUAUUCAUCGGCGCAGCUCUUCGCGAAAAGUCCUACGCCUUUGGCUGGUACCGCACGGAAUUACCAAACACGGUCUUGGGAAUGGGUUGGAAUUCCAUAUAUGUCAACAAGAUGCCAAGAAUUGUACCCAGAACUCAUGUUGGGCCACUAAUCGCGCAUGGUGGCAGUCUACCUGGCUAUCACACUUCAAUCGCGCUUCUGCCGGGAAUCGAAAGCAGUGUCGUGGCCUGUACCAACUCCAUUGCGCUCGGUGACGUAUCCGGAUGGGUUUGUAUGGCGAUCAUCGAAGUGCUUGUGGACACACAAGAACCAUCCGAUUACGUGGCCCUGGCUGCUGAGGCUGCACAGAAUGCGAAAAUGAAUGUCAAGAAUUUUCAGGCCAAGCUCGAGGCCAACAGAACGAACGGCGCAGGUCCUCGAGAGAUCCACGAAUACGUCGGCACGUAUCGAGAUGAAAAGCGCGGAUGGUCCAUUGACGUGAGGCGAUGUGCGUCCUCACCUUCUGGAAUGGAAGUCGCCUUCCAAGGCUUAGACAACCAAGCAUGGUCACUCUCGCAUUUUGAAAGAGAUACCUUCCUCUGGUUAGCAUCUCGUGAAGAGCAGGUAAAGAGAGGUCGCAUGGUUACAUAUCCUCUGGUCGCAGAUCAUUUCAAGUUACAUUUUCAGGAACAUCAAAACAGAAUCGACCGCAUUUUGUGGAAGCACGAGUUAGGAGCAUCGGAGGAAACGCAAUAUCUUUUCAAGAUCACCUAG